AUGGCAAUUGAGCAAGGCCAGAAGAAGACUAAUCCUAGUCCUUAUGACCAAGUCAUUGUUAUGAGCCAGAGCUUUAUCAAUGCCUCGCUUGCAAGAAUGUGGCAAGUGGCGCCGUACAAUGAUCCCCUCAAGCUGUUCGAACGUAACGGUCCUCGCACACAAGACAUGGUCAAAGUUACCUUUGAGCCCCCUCAGAUCUUCAUUCCUGCCCCUGACCGGGAUUAUCCUGGUCAGGUAUAUCUCCGGAUGAAAGUUUUGCGUGGCAGGAUCUAUCUCUACUCAAAUUCGACAAACGCAUUCCCUGAUCCUUACGACAUGGAUGGAUGGGACCUGUAUUUCAAAAUGAGAAUCAGGCACAAGGAUAGCGAUCGUAACGACCCCAAAUAUACAGCCUACCAGAAUCAAUCAGGGUUUACGGGUGCUAUCUUCGAACUGACUCAGCUCUAUAUGGGUUUGUCUGAUCCCUCAAAUCCGGACGAGGCGUUUGACGACAGGAAGAGCACGUAUGCCGCUACGAGCCUUACUCCAGAUGCCAAAAAGAAUCUUAGAACGGUCAUGGCGGACUGGGUGAGGAGUGCUCGGCUUGAGAAACCCAGGUGUAAUCUUCUCGGAUACGUCUUUACAAGCCAACAACCCCAGACUUACUACAAUGUCUAUCCCUGGAGAGGACCUGACGGCUCUGAUGGGGACAAGGAUGGGAUUGACGAGAAUGCUCUGUGCAUACUAGUCACAACAGGAUCCCACCAGGCACCCUAUCCUCCUGGAAUCAACUACUCCGGUCCAUUUGUUGAAAGAGGAGCAACUCUCUGUAUCAAUGUGAACUGCUUCUGGGAAGACUGGAUCCUUCGGGACAUCCAAGCGGUUGCCAGAGACACCGAGAUUAUUGUCGAUAAGCCACCACUGUCCAUGGGAGGACCCCGUAAAUGGGUCAUUGGUGUCAAAUAUCAUUUUGGAUCCAAAGAGACUCCAAGCUUUCAACGCCAGGUUAAAAACGGAAGGACCAGCUGGGCAUGGGCAGGGAAAUUGCAUAAAACCCGGAGCAACACUUCGAACGUUAAUAUUGAGGGCGGGAAGCCCUUUCCUAUGGUUAUUGACGAAACUUCACAAUCGUGGAUUACCAUUGAGCCUGACAGCGGCGAUGGGCGCAUGUUUUCAAUCAAGGGACGGCACGUCUUCUACCAUGCAUUGCUCUGGAACAAGGACAAGAAAUAUUCGCAAUGGGUUAAGCUCAUUGCAGACUGGCAUAUCAAUUUCAAACUCCAGGCCAUCAACGACGGAGGGCUAGAAAUCGCCCCCCAGUUGAGAGACAGAUCCUGGCUCAAGAUACAAACCAAGAAAGGCACCUUCAUCCGUACCAAUGAAGGCUACCUCAAGAACAAGGCCAGGACAAUGGAGAACGAGUUGCGCAAGCGUCUGGAAAACGCAGUCUCCGGGAUUUCUAGGAAGCUCAACCAGGCUUUCCAGGUGCAACACAAGUUUAUCAUGCCAGGAUCAGGAGUGUUCGCAAUGAGGCACCCUAAGUUCAACGACCGCGGAGAUCUUCUGGUUGAACUCGAAUAUCUCAACUUCAGUGCUCCUAACUCGAGGGCUGUCGUCCCCACGGAACAUGUUGUGGAUAAUACAGCGGAAUCCGACCACUUUCCUUUCGACAAGAUUCCGUCCAUCUCACCGGAUUAUCCUUCACGCCAGCCAGUUGACCAUCACGAUCUCUGUCUGACCAGAGACCAUUUUCAAGACGAUGUAUACCACGAGUAUCAUGUUGACGAAGAUGAGUUGCACGGGGAUCACCACUACCAUCCAGGCGAGCAUGACAAUGAACAUGAAGAUCAUCGACCUGAUCCGUUCAAGCAUACUGAACGCACUUGGCCUGAACCAGGCGAUUCUCCUUUCCAUUCUGACAAUGAUGAGCCGGACGAUCAUAAAACCCCAGACAAGAAGCCUGAUGAUCAUACCCCAGAUGAGCGCGCUCAUCCGGAGGACCAUUCUAGGCCACACCGUCGCCCACAACCAGGCCGUACCGGGCAUAAAGAUUAUGCAAGUGACGAUGAUGACUACUAUUGA